AUGCCUCAGGAUCCAUUCCAACAGAAGAAGGACUCCAUACUUGCUGAAAUCCGAUCUAGUGAAACAGAUUUAUCCCCCAAGGGCACUAUCGAUGAGCUAUGUCUACCUAUUAUGGACCUCAUAAACUCUCAUAAAGACAUGGUAACAACGUCUUCAUGCUCAGGACGAGUAAGUGUCUUUGUCGAGGGGAAUAAAGUUCAUGAGAAAUCAUUGAAAACUGGUGGUAAGGGCGAGGGAGGUCGGUGGUUGUUUGUCACCCAUGAUUAUACUGCAUUACCUAGUUGGAUGGAUAAGUUUAGACAUGAAAUAGAGUUCGAUACAGAGUUCAAAGAAACUCUAACACCUUCUAAGAGAUAUAUUCUCUACAAGUUCGAACCAUUUAUUUUGCAUGUGAAAUGUAGAGACUUUCAAUCGGCUUCCAAACUUUUCAAUGCAGCAAUGUCGUGUGGUUUCAGGGAAAGUGGGAUUGGUAGUAAUAACAUUGUCGCUUUGAGAAUCAACAUUAAGCUCGAUAUACCUAUCGGGUACUUGAACGAGGCAACAAGCCGACUAGUGUUUUUUGUGAACGAGAAGUACAUCGAAUUAAUCGAUGGGCUAGCGCUUGGAAAAUUCAAAGAGAACACAAGAAAGAUGAAAGAGUUGUACCAAAUCAUAGAGAAUCAAAUAAUUAAUCCUGAAAUUACUACUAAAAGCACAAAAGUGAUAGAAACAAAGGAAGAACGAAGGGAACGAAAGAGGAGAGAGGGUCUGUUGAAGCAGCGGAUGCUUUUAGAAACGCAAAAUGCCGAUCUUAUGGAGGAGCUUAAUGAAACACCGUAA